AUGAAACCCCAACAGCUGGUGGGCGACCACCUCAGCCUCAGAACCACGAAAAAGGAGCCUAACAGGGACCCCGAGGGAGAGGCGCAAGACCCUGGAAAGGGAAAACAGGACCAUGGAAAUGCCGAUCAACAUAGGACACGGCAAAGGAAUCCAAAGAUCAGGACCCAGUUGUCCGGUGCAUGUGGCUUGCCCCACACCUCCAGCAGCCACCAGGUGACCAUCUGGAGGCAGAUUCGCUCCGACAAUGGUGGUAAAAAGUUGGACGUCAUUGACAGUGAAUACGAGGAAGACAUCCAGGAACAACUUCUCCUGUGCGAAACACAGGAGGACCCACCAAAAGGGGCAGGUGAUGCCACCCGCACUCCCCAGUCUGAAAAAAAGAAGAAAAAGAAGGACAAAGUCAAUGACAAAAAGGGAGGUGAUGCCACCCACAAUCCCCAGUCUGAAAAAAGGAAGAAAAAGAAGGACAAAGUCAAUGACAAAAAGGCAAGUGAUGCCAACCACACUACCCAGUCUGAAAAAAGGAUGAAGAAAAAGAAGGACAAAGACCAUAGAAAAAGGGUCAACAAGUCUGAGAUGAAUGUGGGAGAUGGACGGAAAGUUUCGAGGGAAAAGUGGAAAAAUACACAUCAACUUCAGGCGGGGAGGGAAAAGAGUCCUCCUAAAAAACUACAACCACUUCCCGAAAUAAUUGACACUCAUGGUCGACGAAGAGUACUCAACUUUACACCAGAAUUUCUUGCCAUGGUCAGACUCGUCUUCCAAGAAGACAUUGAGAAAAAAACCAUCACGAAGAAGAGGGUGAGAGAUGUCGUGAAUGAAAACCCAGCAGUGCUACGGAUAUGCAACAAGAUGGAACUAUCUGUUGAAAAUAUUCGAAACCGAAUUCGCAUGAUGAUAAAACAAGAGUGAUGUUUGUACUUGUCUGUUCAGUCUGUUCUAUUUGGACAUGUACGUGAAAAAUAAAAAGCAUUUGUAAAAUCUGAGAGACCCGGUGCCUUCUUCCAGGUUUUCUACAUCUUGAGACUUCCAGGGGUCAAGUCACAUGCCCCAGACAGUUGCUUGAUAGAGGGGAAAGGUUAUGGGUGGAUGGUAAGUUCAUGUUCCGGAAAAGGGACUUUAGAUUCCUGGAAUUCUACUUGAUAAGACCUCCGUGCAGUAAGUACAACAGACACAUGCCAUGCCACUGGGCAGUUGCGUGACUGAGGGGGUCAAGGUUACGAGUGAAUAGGCGGUAAGUUCACGAAGUCCAGACAGUUGCUUGAGUAAGGAGAGUGGUUAAGAGUGAACGGUGGGUAAGGUCACAUUCCGGAAAAGAGAC